AGAGCUGGGGAACAGUAGCAAUAAUAAUCCUCUGUACCUAAAGAUGGCGAUUGUUCGGUUUGUAUUGUGCCUUAUGGUAGAGAUCCUGGUUCUUCCAGUGACCAUUUUGCAAUACGUCGGGAUAUGGGACUCUCUGUACAAAAGGGUGUUCCCGCAUCUGAUGUGCAGAAUGACGACCACUAUCAACGACAAGAUGGGCAAGGUUAAGAAGGAACUCUUCGACAAGCUGCCAGAAUUCGCCAGCUCCUCGGGGCUGACCAUUUUGGAAGUGGGCUGCGGCUCCGGCGCAAACUUUCAGUUUUACCCCUGGGACUGCAAGGUCAUCUGCACCGACCCCAAUCCCAAUUUCCAGCGCCUCCUGGAGAGCAGCGGAGCCAAGAACGAGCACGUGAAGCUGGAGAAGUUCCUGGUCGCCAGUGGCGAGGAUCUGAGCCCAGUGGCGAGUGCCUCGGUGGACGCCGUGGUUUGCACCUUGGUGCUUUGCACCGCCGAGAACGUGGACGCGGUGCUGAAGGAGAUUCUUCGUGUCCUGAAACCGGGGGGGGCAUUCUUCUUCAUCGAACAUGUGGCCGCUGACAAAAUGACAUGGCUGCACUUCAUUCAACAUGUGAUCCAGCCAGCAUGGCGUUACUUUGGGGACGGAUGCUAUCUGACCAGGGACACUCGAGCAAGCCUCGAGAAAGCCAACUUCUCCCAGUUGAAUGUGAAGAACAUCGUUGCGCCUUUGACGAGUUUGAUCAAAUAUCAAAUUGUCGGGUACGCAGUCAAAUAAAAUCCUGUGAGCACCAUCCCUUGUA